AUGUCUCCCACCACCGUCGUCACAAAUGCCCGCCUCUUCACGAGCACCGACGAUUGCGGCGAGGAUCUCGUGCCCGGGUGUCUGGUGGUUCGGGACAGGCUGAUCGAAUACGUCGGGCCCCAGGGAUCGGAAACUCUGGCUCAAGCCAUGGCUUGUGAGGCGCCCACAACAGAAGUCGAGGUGGUCGACGCCGGCAACCGUGUGGUGACCCCCGGCUUCAUCGACGCCCACGUGCACAUGCUGCACUUCGGCCUGUCGCUGGGCAAGCUGGACGUGAUGGGGUGCACGUCGCUCGAGCAGAUCCGGGAGACGAUCCGCGCGUUCGCCGUGGCGAAUCCUGCCGCCCCGCGCAUCCUGUGUAAAGGCUGGAUCCAGGCCUCGAUCACCGGCGGCAGCAGCCAUGGCGGAACUCCGCUGGCGAGCAUGCUCGACGACCUCGACCCGCCGCACGCCCGCCCCAUCUACGUCGAAGCCCUGGAUCUGCACUCGGUGUGGUGCAGCAGGGCCGCGCUGGCGGAGCUGGGUGUCGAUGAUGCGACGACGAAAGAUCCCCCCGGAGGAACCAUCCAUCGGGAUGCCCAGGGCAGACCCUCGGGGUUGCUGGACGAAGGGGCGCUCCCCCUGCUGGUGUGGCCGUUCCUGGCCAAAACCCUGACCGCCCAGCAGAAGCAGACGGCCCUGCACCUCGCGGUGGAGGCAUACCUGCAGGCCGGGUACACGGGGGUCAUUGACAUGGCCAUGGACGAGGAUGAGUGGACUGCGCUGGAGACGUAUCGCGCCCGCAAUAACGACGAAUUACCGCUGCACAUCGCCGCGCACUGGCUCGUCCCGUACAGCGACUCGGAUGCAGAAAUACAAGCCACGCUGGACCGGGCGAUCGAGGUGCAUCGGAAAUACCCCCCAGCGAUGUCCCCCUCCUUCUGCGUCGUGGGCAUCAAAUUGAUCGGCGACGGCGUGGUCGACAGCUGCACGGCGGCGCUGAGCCAACCAUACGGCGCGAAGCCCAAUCCCGUCGAGCCCAUCUGGCCGGCGGCGACGAUGACCAGGGUGAUCCAGCAGGCAGACGCUGCGGGUCUCCAAAUUGCCGUGCACGCGAUCGGAGACCGCACCAUCACGCAGACCAUUGACGCCUUCGCCAGCCUCAACAAGCCCCUUUCACCUUGCCGCCGCCGCCGCCACCGCAUCGAGCACCUGGAGCUCGCGUCGGCGCGCGACGCAAAGAGGCUGGGCGAGUUGGGCAUCACGGCGUCGGUGCAGCCGGUGCACUCGGACCCGGCGUUGUUCAAGGCCUGGCCGACGCUGCUGGGCACCCACCGCUGCCGCCGCGCGUUUCCCUACCGCGAGUUCCUAGAGGGCGGCGCUCCCGUGGCGUUUGGGACCGACGCACCCACCGCCGCGCACCUCCCGCUGCCGAACCUCUACAACGCCACCACGCGCCGGUCGGCCAUUGAGCCCGAGUCGACCGAGAGGACGAAUCCACAGUUCGCCGUGUCGCUGACGGCGGCGCUGAAGGCGGCCACGGCCGGCGCGGCGUACUCGCGGCACGCCGAGACGUGGACGGGUAGUCUGAGAAAGGGCAUGAGUGCCGACUUUCUGGUGCUGGACAUGGACUGGACGCCUGCUGGCUUGUUGGCGGCGAGGGUGCGACAGACCUGGUUUCAAGGGCGGAAGAUGUUUGACAUGGAACAAGGUGUGAAACGUUGA